AGUGCCAUUUGCAGCUCGGCCUUCGGUGGCUUCACUUCUAGUGAUUUCGGACUCGCUGUUUCUUUUCUUUUGUGUGGGAUCUGACCAUUUUCACGAUCUGGUAGCCUGACGUCAGAGGAAUACAUUCGUAUAAAAAGGCGUCAAGAGGAAUUAGUUCAUUCAUAAAGAGAGCGGCGAAACUGAGGAGGAGCAGACAGGCGCUACUACAGCACAGUAUUUUUCUGAGUAGCUGUUCAUUGACAAACGGGAAACUGGAUUCAAGGGGAGACAAAUCGUGGCUCAUCAACGACUGGGAGGACAUGUACCAGGGAUUCUCAGGCGACUUUGACUCGGCUUCUCGCUGUAGUUCUUCCCCUUCGGAGCCUCAGUACCUGUCAUCCGUGGAUUCCUUCAGCCAGAGUAUUGGCAGCCCCACUACUGCAGCCCAGGAGUGUACCACAGGCGUUGGGGAGAUGCCAGGAUCCUUUGUACCAACUCUGACUGCCAUCACCACCAGUCAGGAUCUACAGUGGAUGGUUCAGCCAACUGUCAUUUCCUCGGUGGCCCAGACUCAGACUCAGUCUCACAUUCCCCCUAUGGCCCAAACCUCCAUGGAUCCAUAUAACCUCCCCGGGACCAGCUAUUCCACUCCAGCCAUGUGCUCCUACAGCACUGGAGAGCCACCGAAACCCAGCCGGGUCAGCCGCUCUCGGAGGGCACGCGAUGAAACGCUCACUGCCGAGGAGGAGGAAAAACGCCGCGUUCGCCGGGAGAGAAACAAACUGGCUGCCGCCAAAUGUCGGAACCGCCGCCGGGAACUGACCGACCGCCUCCAGACCGAGACAGACCAGUUAGAGGAAGAGAAAGCCGAGCUUCAAUCUCAGAUCGCCGAGCUGCACAAAGAGAAAGAGCGACUGGAGUUUGUGCUGGUAGCGCACAAACCAGCCUGCAAGAUCCCGUUCCAGGACCCUGUCAGUCCGCAGCCCAGCGCCGCCGGUGCCGAGGUGAGCUCUCUCGGAUUGCCUAUUACACUGGAUGGGAAGGAGCCCCCAUUGUCCGGGAGCUACCCGUCGGGCUAUCAGCUGCCGGCGGAGGUACCCUUCUAUCCGCCCUGUGAGACUGUCCAGUCCUUUUUGAGUAGUAGCCCCAACGCCUCAUACACCUCUUCAUUUGUGUUCACCUACCCAGAGGGAAGCAGUUGCGGCCUCGUCCACCAGCGGAACAGUAGCAGCGACCAAUCCUCGGACUCUUUGAACUCGCCAUCGCUGCUGGCUCUGUAAACCUGCUUUAACCUCACUUCACUUACUUCCCAGCACCCGGCGCUGCUUUAACGCCCAGCCAGGGAUACGGGAGAGAGGUGGGAGGGGUUGGGGAGGGAAUCGCCAGCCUGCCUUCCCCCCUCUCCCAUCUUGCUGCCCCGGGGAGGAGGUGGGGUAAAGCGUUUCGCCCCCGCACCCCCCCCCCCCCACACUGCCAAAUAGCUUCUGUUGCCACUCCGAAACCUCCCAGAAAAGUGGGGAGAAGCAACCUACGGUGGCGGAGCCAGUCAACGUGUUUAUUAUUGACGAAGUUGCAAUGUUACUGCACCAAGGCCGUCCCGAACGUAUCCCGACCCAGCGAAUGUCUUGCCAGCCUGGCCUCCUCUCUGCUGCGUUAGCCGGCUGUACCCGUCUGGGGACCUCCUGCUGUAAAAGUAACUGAGCUUUUUUUUACUGACGGUGAAACUACGGGCGGAUUCUCCUUUUUUUAAAUGUUCCACCGCUCCACGAGGGGCCUGUCCCUCUCUAACAUACUGUGAAUCCAGACAUUUUGUAAGAUAAUUUUACGUUGAUUGUAUCCGUGUGUGUGUUUGUUUGUGGUGAGAGGAGAGAGGACGACGUGUUCUCUUCGAUGUAACAGAAAUAUCCUCCUUCCGAAUGAACAAGAUGUGAAUUUUACUUUUAGAACUAAUUUUAAUCGGUCUGGAACUCAAAAGCAACAAAAAAGUUAUUAGUUUUAUAUCCUGCUUGGUGAGUUAAAAAAAACUUUGCAAGGGACAGGCAGGUCAGGAGGGAUGUAAAACCGGCCGAAUCUCUGAUAUAUUUUUGCGUUGAAGUUCCCCCGCCGCGCCUCGACCCACUCCCUUCAGGUUUGUAGCCAUGACCUGUCAGGUUCGCAAACCACAGGAUCCCUUCUGGCUGCCAAGUCUGCCUCUCAAUUAGGCGCCGUGUUGUUCCCCUCCAUAGAGACUGGCUGACCUGCUGAGUUCCUUCAGCAUUUUACGUGUAUGAGGAUUCAGUUGGAUGACUCUCCCCCACCGCUCUCUGGAGGUGACCAGUUUUGCGUUCAUUAAGCCGGAAACGGCUUCAUUUCCUCAGUGCACGGCCUAGAAACAGGCUUCUGUGAUGCCACCCUCCACACGGGUGCGUUUCUGCGCCUUCGGGAGGAGAGAGUUAAGGGAGGCAACUUGGGCAGUAGUUAUACAGUACAGCAACCAUACUGUCAGUUCUGCAAGAACAAAGGAGAACCCGCUUUUCUUUUGCCAUAACUGGGACACACGGCUUGACAUUCAAGAACAGCGCAGUGUCUCCCAUUCUCUCACUGCCAGAGACAGCCCCUCCCGGGCAGAUAGAGCCUUCCCUGCCUCUUUGACCCUCGUUCACCACAAACUGGUCACAGUAACCGGUUCUGCCCACCAGACCAAAACACAGUAAGAUUAAGAUUUGCUUUAUUUUGUUGCAUGUGCAUCAAGACAUAGGUUAAAAUGUGUCGUUUUUGCGCCAACGCCCAGCAAAGUCCGAGAGCAGCCCCCCAAGCGUCCACUUCCUGCGCCAACAAGCCAGAAUAUGCUUUGCUGACAUUUAAACCACUGAGAUGGACGGUGAGGGAGAUAGCGCCCCUAUAUUUCUUAGAAGUGCGGGAGGGCUAAUCUCUGCCUCCUAUUAUGUAUAGAACAUCACGUACAGUAUAAGUUAUUGUAUUUUAACCAAUAUUUAAAAUGACUUACAAAAAAGGUAAAACUGGCUGACUGCAAUAACGUAUUUAACCUUUCACAAUGAAUAGCCGACAGUUCGCGCCUGUGUCCAUAUCUUACUUGACAUUCUAAAGCUGACUGGGAGGCUUCAGUCCUUCAGACCCGCACAGACCACUGGAAUACCAGUGCACGCAGCUGUAAUGGGACAUGGCAUCUCUGUGCCAGGGUGACUGUGAGUCUGUGGGUGUGUGUGAGUCUGUGUAUGUCAGGCAGCAAAGAUAAAGUUAGCUACCCAUAUCCCUGGCUGAGCUGCUAGCUGAGACAGAACUGCAGCUGGAAUGGCUACUUUCAUCCCGACAGGAGAGAUUCUGCAGAUGCUAGAAACCUUGAGAAACACAAAAUGCUAGAAGAGCUCAUCAGGUCAGACAGCAUCAAUGGAGGAGAAAAAACAGUCACCGAAGUCCCUUGGUCAGGUCAGGCAACGUUUCAGGACAGGACCUGUUGAGUUGUUCCAGCACUUGGUGUGAGAGUUCUUUGUGAGGUGUUGAGUCCUCUGGUCUCCUGUGGGUCUAGCUGGUACCAUAUUUCCCAUGAAUUGGCAGCCUUGCUACAACAGCCUUCAUUUUAUACCUUUUAUAGUUAAUAUUUAUUUUUUAUUUCUAUAUUGUACUUUUAAAACUUGCAGCAUCUUCUUUGCAAAAAAAAAGACCAGAUUGACUUCAGGACUAACCGUACAAAAUGUCUGGAGCCAUAAACAAUUUACUGACUUGUAUACAGAUUCCUAAAAGGGGAAAAAUAAAAACAGUCCUGUUGUAUGUCAGACCAUAGGAUACAAAAACUACUGACCCCUUCCUUUCCCUCUCUAUGUAAUCUUGGUGUGGGAACAAUUUGCUUCAAGUUGCCACAGCUUAUCCAGUGUUAGUCCAUGUAUAGUUUUAAGCUCUAGUUACUUUAAGCUUUAAAAAAUGUUGAAAUUUAUGUCAAAAACUGCAUGGAGACGAGCUACAACAUUUCAAAACCAGAUGUGUUAUUUACUGUGACACAGGAUUAAUUCAAACUGUGUUAGCACAGACGAUUGUAUACUGUAUGUUCCUGUGUCUGUACUAUGACAAUGUCCAUGGUUGUUUAUCAAGAUUUAUAUUGUAAUUAUUUCAAAAAUAUUGAAAUCUAUUUCUGGAUUUGUGACUGUAGAGUUGUGUGUAUAUAUUGUGGCACUGCAUUAGGCUUUAAGCCAGCAUUGAGAGUAAAAAUUGUCUUAUUGGAAAGAGUGGUUCGUUCACCCACUUUGGGAACAGAACGUUAGCACCCACUCCUGGGUACUCAAAUGUUAAUGUUUAACCUGUACCUCUGCCAACUCUCCACUACACAUCAACCCCCAAUACUACAGACCACUGCUUGAGUCACUGAAUGUACUGACGGUCAAGAUGAACAAGUAUUUGGUCUGUAGGACAGUUGAAGGUUGUGGGGAACAAUGGCCCUAAGGCCAAGAUCAGAUCAGCCUGCUCCUAUUUCUUGUGUUUUGCCAAGAUGAGCCCACUCACCCAAGGCCUGACCUAAUCCACUGCCAAAGUGGAGAUAUGGAGUGCUCACAAUAUGGUUCCACUGUGGAGAGUGGCAGCUUCCAGUGGUACAAUCUGCUCCUUGCUCUGAGGGGCUUUGGAAGGAAAUUGACGCCCCUUCAUUGGAGAUGAUUCAGAGACAUUGGUGGAGGGGUCAGAAAUCUGUGGACCAUUUUUUUAAUAUGCAACCACUCCCAGGAUCAGGCUUACUCAAUUUUUUACUCUUAAACGCUUCACGUCACUGGGAGGCAGAAGCAAGAGCGUGCUUUCUUUCUCUCUAGUCUGUGAAGCUUCGGUGGAAUCAGCAUAACCUGCUGGAUGCGUGGGCAUGAAAUUCAGUCAGGAACAUUCACUGAUCCCUCCUCCAACCCAAAUAUUCCAGUCUCUGGGCUGGGUGGAGACAGGGACAAGACUUCAAGUGAAACUGAUAUUGAGCCACACUUUAAAAUCCUGAGCAAUUGGUCAUUAUCUCCAGCUUAAU